GACUUCUGCUAGGGAACAUCUUCAACGAAGAGGAAGUUAUUCAUAGAAUCAUGUAUACGCCUGGAACUGUAUCCAAGAUAUUUUGGCCGGCACAUGUAUGUUCAUCCCGGACAAAAUCUGGAUUUUUAGUAGGCUGGAAUGUUUGUAGUUUUACAGCUUGCGUUGCUUCGGUGAUUUCUGAUGUAAAUUGCUCUUAUGUCAUACCAAAUGCGCUGAUGAACUUUAUACUUAAGCUUAGAGAUUUGGAAGCCGCUUUAUCCGCAUUAUCGACGGAUAAUAGCUCACCUUUCGUAUAUAUGGGAAAUGUUUGUGGUGCGCCGCCAGUUGUCUUGGGCGUGAUAACUACCCGUUCUAAUAUUGAUGAUGUUCAUUAUAAUAUUAACAAAGAAGGCAUUGCCGAUAAAAAGACGACCGCAAAUUUUUGGAUGACGAUCCAUUUACAGGAUAAUAAUAUGCCUUCUCUCAGGUCUAUAUAUUGCUGUGGUUAUCGAUAUUCAAAUAUUAGUUCUGAAAUAAUUUUUUACAAACAGCCAAAUCCCACAAAGCUUCAAUAUCUUUCAUUAGAUCCGUUAGUAUUAGACAUUCAACAAGAUAGUAGAAAUAAAGUUGAGCAGGAUUCGAUGACCAUAAAAAAUGUGAGAAAAAUCGUUAAUACUCAUAUUCGUUCCUCAGGAGAAGAGCGAAUACAAAUUAAUUAUAUGGAUCUUAUUUUAAACCAGAUUAAUUCUUCAUUUGAAACUGAGAAAGCUAUUAUAUCUCGUUGUCAAGCGUUUGCCACAAGACGUAAUCGCCGAAGUAAAAGUGUUUCUGAAACAUCCACCCUUUCACAACCAAUAAUCAUAUUACUCAUUCUUGUGAGAAUAUUUGCCGAAGUGGUUUUACGGAUCUUGAAUUUAAGAUUUCCACCGUGGCUUUUUAAUGGAACCGCAUUAAAGGAUUUAUCUGCAACAUCACAGCAAAUUGAUCUACGCCUUCAGCAGGCUAGUUAUUGGCCUUGGCAAUACAUGCUACUCCGAAUAAGAGAUUGGACGAAUACUGCGACAACUCGUGCGCAGUAUAUUAGGUAG